CCCCAAUCGAAACUCCCUCCAUCCUCAUUCUACCGCCAAGAUGACUUACUGGAAAGCCGCUGGUUUGACCUACAACCGCUACAUGGCCGUCGCUGCUCGUGCGGUCCGCAACUCCCUCAAGGACGGCCCUCGCCUCCAGGCUGAGCGCCGUGGACUGAUGGACUUGCGAUUUGCCAAGUGGGAGAACGGCAAGCAGGGCGAAGUCAAGCACGUUGCUGAUGCCAACAAGUCCGGCAUGGCCGCCCAGUCCGAGUCGAAAUAAACGAAUCUCCCCCGCGAAGUUGACCCGAUGACAUAGCGAGACUGCUUUGGAGGAGACGAGAAUUGCAAGUGGAAGCUUGAUCCGGAGCAGGACUGGAUGUUUGUAGCAAUAUUGGCCCGUUUGUCUGGCAUACAU